UUGCAGCGUGAGGGAAGUUGAGCUGAAAUCAGACGGGACCUCUAACACCGGCGAUCAAGGACACCGGGCUGAGCGCGCGCGCUGCUCCCUGCUCUCACCUUCAGCCGCGUGACCUGCACACUGACUUGCUCAGUUCAGUUCAGCUCGUGGAUCCUGAACCUCAGUCACAACCGGCUGAUCCUCAGACCUUCACCAGCUCGCGCGCAACCUGGGAACUGAAUUAACAUCUCGUGUGGGAAACGCUGCAGUGUGAGUGUGUGUGUGUGAGUGUGUGAGAGUGUGUGGUGGUGCUCCAAAGGAUCUCGAGCUCGCGCAUGAUGUACACAAUUACCAGAGGCCCGAGCAAACUCGUUACACAACGGAGAACAGGUCCCACACAGCAGCAGAUCGACAGCAAAGCCACCGACCUGAAGCACAAACGGAGCCACUGGCUCGAGUCCAACUCGCCCGCCCCUAAAAUUGUAUUUCAGCGCCUCAACACAAAGCGCUUUCUCAGAUCCACCUCGCCAAAGGAGGAAGACACGGCUGAAGGUUUCACGCCAGCACACGAGGAGAACGUGCGAUUCGUCUACGAAGCAUGGCAGGAAGUGGAGCAGAAACUCGGUGAAGGAGCUCAGCCGGAGAACGGGGAAGGCCCAGUGCAGUACGCCGAGAGGAAUCCCAAUCCCAGCAUGAAGAACUUUGUGCCUAUCGAUCUUGAGGAGUGGUGGGCGCAGCGCUUCCUGGCCACCAUCGCUAACCCGUCGUGACAGGUGUAGAACGGGGGAGCAGCGGGGGAUCGUGGGAGCUGGACUGGGUUAUGAAGGAUGGUGGGGGUGGGGAUGGGGUGAGGGUCCAGGCUGACACACUAGGUCCAAGAGGCCAGACUGCACUACAAACACACACAUACACAAUAGACAGAGAGAGAUGUGAGAUUUUCAUUCUGCUGCUAUAACUUUGAGAGACAGCAGUGUGCUGAAAUGUGACAUCUUUUUUUUUUUCUGGCUGGUCUUUGCAUAAAAAAAAAAAAAUGAUGAAAAAAAAACAGUAAAUCGUAUUUCAGUA